UCCAAACUGAACAAGUUUUGCAUUUAAUCCAUCUCGAGCUUUGGCAUAAACUCCCAGAACCCUUCACAUUUCCCGCGCCUAUUCUGCUUCCGGUGUUUGUCGUGACGUAAGAAGCCUCAACCGUUAUAGGUCACGUGAGCGCGGUGCCUCAGACUUUUUCAGCAAGGAACCGAAGGUCCUGCUUCUCUGUCGCUGACAGCGGCCUAGAUUCAGCAGCAGUGUUGUUUUAGCUUGCGGCGUUUCUCCUGCGGAAGGUGUCUCGAGCAGCUAGCUCGCUGCUAACACAAGAGUUGGAGUUGUUCUGUGGAGGAAGCGGACACAGACUCCCAAACCCUGGCGGCGGCUUCAGUCAGCUCGGCCAUGAGUGUUUAGCGGUGAGCGUCAUCCGACGUCUCACUUGUUGCAAGUUCAGCUAGCUAGCGCUCAAUGUGCUCGAUGCGAAGCCGAGUCUCGUGUCCACUCUCUUCGACAGGUGAUGUCUGAGGACCAGGCGGGGCUCAAUGUGACGGCCAGUUCAAGCAAGAGGAGGGGGGCAGGAAGUCCUCUAAUCUCCAGACCUCGCGCCAAGACCAGAGCUCCAAACCCCAGGCAGGUGGCGAGCAGAGCGGCUAAUGCUAGCAGGAGGUCGAGGGGGAGCAGAGCAGCUCAUGCUAGCAGGAUGUCCCGCUCUGCUGGAGGAUGUGACACAGCUCCGCCCACUGAGACCAUUGACGUGGGGGACAACAGGGACGAGGGGGAGGAGGACGUGGUGGACCUCACCUGCGAGGGAUCGGACACCUCUGCGGUUGUGGACUUGACGAACAACGACUCAGUGCUGCUGGUAGAUGAAGGUAACCACUGGUGUCCAGGCCGGCGACAGAGCUCUGCGGUCAGCUACGUCCUCAGCAGCGACGAUGAAGAGGCUGCGGCCCCGGCAGGUGCUGGCAGCAGGUGGACUCCAGGAAUGGUCAGCUGUCCGGUCUGCAUGGACUCGUACUCUGAGAUGGUGGGCAGUGGGCGGCUGGUGGUCUCCACCAAGUGUGGACACGUCUUCUGCAGCCAUUGUCUAAAGGAGUCUCUGAAGGUGUCGCACACCUGCCCCACGUGCCGUAAGAAGCUGACGCCGCAGCAGUAUCACCCGCUCUACAUCUGACCACCACACUUUUGUCACUUGCUGUUUGUACAUCUGUAAAAUAAAGUUUUUUUUCUGUU